GGUUUUUGUAGGUGGGAUUUUGAGCUUUGGAUAUGCUGAUGCAGAAGAAAUAAUUGAAGGUUGCACUGUUCUGUCAGAGAAAAUGUUAGAGGGUCCAAAAUUUACUGGAAUUAUUGGGCUGACCAAUAACCAUGAUAAUUUUGAUCUGUCACAAAAUUUUUACCGUAAGCUUGGGGAGGGGUCCAACAUGUCAAUCGACAGUUUUGGGAGCUUACAAAUGAGCAAUGGUGGUGGGUCUGUGGCGAUGUCGGUUGAUAAUAGCAGUGUUGGAUCAAAUGAUUCCCGUACUCGCAUUUUAAACCACCAAGGGCUGAAGCGUGUCAACAAUAAUUAUACGGUUGCCCAGAGUGUCAAUCGGGGAAGAGUCUCACAUGCUCUGAGUGAUGAUGCACUGGCUCAAGCUUUAAUGGACUCCCGUUCCCCCACAGAGGGGCUUGAGAAUUUUUAUGAGUGGACGAUUGAUUUGGGGAAGCUUAAUAUGGGAGCGGCAUUUGCGCAAGGGGCUUUUGGAAAACUCUACAAAGGAACUUACACUGGUGAGGAUGUUGCUAUCAAGCUGCUAGAGAGGCCAGAGAAUGAUCCAGAGAGGGCACACUUGAUGGAGCAACAGUUUCAGCAGGAAGUCAUGAUGCUGGCAACAUUGAAGCAUCCAAAUAUAGUCCGCUUUAUUGGUGCAUGUCGUAAACCUAUGGUGUGGUGUAUUGUGACCGAAUAUGCAAAGGGGGGUUCAGUUCGGCAGUUUUUAACUAAGCGGCAGAACCGGUCAGUGCCUUUGAAAUUGGCUGUAAAGCAGGCCUUGGAUGUCGCCAGAGGAAUGGAAUAUGUGCAUGGCCUUGGGUUGAUUCACCGGGACCUGAAGUCCGACAAUCUUUUGAUUGCUGCAGACAAAUCAAUCAAGAUUGCUGAUUUUGGGGUUGCUCGGAUUGAGGUACAGACUGAAGGAAUGACGCCAGAGACAGGGACAUACCGCUGGAUGGCGCCGUAAGCCUUCUCACUCUUUAUCUGCCUGGAUGCUUCUUUAAUUUAGUUUUCUUAUGUUAUUUUUUACUAGAAUCCAGCCUUAGCUGUUUUGUUGUUCAUCUUCUACUUGUCAGAUGACUGUUUUACCAAUUUUUAUAUGCUAUGUUACCUAUGAUUGCUCCCCCAAAACUUGUCAAAUGCUGUUAAUUCUGUUAAGCACUUGAAUUUAUUAGUUCUUACUGUUCUGGUUAAUUUUAUUAUUUCAUCGUUCUGUAGUUGCCGGAUAUUUUAUAAUACAAUCUACAUAAGUUUCAACAUCCUUUGGAGGUGAGAUUCCAUACUUUUUCGACCGCUAGAUUAUUAAUUUGAGAAUAUUUUCUUCAUGUUUGCUGUGUUAUGCUUGAGAUCUCCGUGCUUCCUGCUGCUAGGUUCUGAAUUCUAUCCUAUAAGUUACUUGUUGUGGGGUUAGAAGUAACAUGAUUAGCGUGCUAUUAUCUCCAUAUUAUGAGAAAUUAUACAAGUAUGUGUAUGUCAAAUGCAAGUUUAAACCUCAUAAAGGCAAAAACAUAUAGAAGCAGUUAUCAACAAGGAUAUAUUAGGGAAUGUUGAUUACAAUUUUAUAUGAUAUCAUUUGGAACAAUCUGGUAUCUUUUUUCCGUAUGAUUGUGAUGAUAUGUUUAUUAUCUGCAUUUGAUUGAAGGGGGUUGUUUAUAUUGAUUCAGAAAAAGUUUCUUGUUGAAAUUUAGUCUAAUAUUUUGUCUGUAUCCAAAGGCCAUUUGAUCAUGUGAGUCAAUGGGGUUUCUCUGUGUUCGUCUAUUUUUAGAACAUGGCCGUAAAAGUUUAGAGGAAAUUAAUAGCUUCAAUGCAUGUUUUUUGGAGUAACCAAUAAUGUUUAUAAGUAUCAGUAACAAAGAGAAGAAAAGAGUUAGACAUCCUAAACUAUUGUGUACUAUUACCUUUUGUUGUGUUUUGAGUCCAACAAGGACAGUGGGGGUUGAGGGCAGAAACUGGCAUCCAUCCUCCACCGUCUGUGGUUGGUCCAAUAAAUGAGUAUCUAGCAAUAGAUGUCACGAGAAAUAGUGGUUUGAAAACCCCUUGCAUCAUGUCGUGUGAAACCCCUUCGCCAGUAGUGGGCAUUCCCGUGAGCUUCAUGCGUCAACAACGAUGAUUCAACUGUAAUCCCAGAUGAAGCGAGAUUAUUCGCUCAGUUUAAGCAUAUAAAAAAUUGGAGGUAAACAAACCUACAAGGAUUCUGCUACUAAUGGGGAGCAAACCAGGAACAACCCAGCUUAAACAUUAGAUAUUACUAUUGAGAUUUGUGUGGCCUUGAUUUCCUGGGAUGACAUCAUGAGAGGGAAAGUUUGGGAACAUCUGCGUUGAGUGCCCUGCAGAAAUACUGUAAGUAGGUGAAAACGUAAAAUAUUGAAUGCCCUUGUGGACCACCAUGAUUCUCAUCGGUGCUUGGAUAUCAUUGGGUUGAUUCUCUGGCCGAUGUAUGGAUGAGGAAACUCAUAACAUUAACUGCAGUUUUCUCCUUUAUUUCUCAUUUGGAUGACCAUGUUCUUUUUUGUGCAUGAAUUAAAUAUUCAGAACAGAUUGACAUUUCUUGAGUUUGGCCAUUUAUAGGGCUAAGUCUUGAAGGUAGGAUUUGUAGGCCUAAAAGGAUCCAUGGGCUAGUAACACGUUAGGUUGCGUUAUUUGAGGUAGUUAAAUGGGCCUUUUGUUUCACUUUUUGUUCUUUUGUUUUUUUUUAUGAGAGAACCUAGUAUUUCUUUUGUUUUGUUUUCUUCUAUUUUCAUAACACUACUGUUAAACCAAUUUACCGGGACUCAAACUAAUGAAGAGAACUAGGAUUUUAAGUUAGAUCUAAAAUGUAGUUAGUGUAAGCCUCAAAACUCUGAUAUAUUCCAUUAGUUCAUUGUAGAGUCUGGUUGCAUCUAGCUGUUUGAAGAUCAACAUAAGUUUAAUGCCCAAAUGUUGGACCUUGUUAAAUGGGUGUACGGAGCAUUAUUUGGGAUCAUGUUGGUGGUACUAUUUUAGUGUUUGGAGAGUUGUAAUUAAAGAUUUGGGUUCCAGAGAAGCUAUCGGUUGUUACUUAAAUUCUGAACGAAGGAAUUUCUUUCUAGUAGUUUAUUUAACCAUUAACAUAGAUGGUAUGAAGGUACGACAGAUUCUGUUGAUCAAGAAAUGUUUGCUGUUUUUUUUUGCCUCUCUGGCAUGACUACUCUGCUUGCUUAACACUUGUUGUAUUUAACCUUCAUGGACCACUUUACUUCCUAGCAAGCUUUGGCUCAAAAGCAAGAAGCAAUGGACUGAGUUGCCCGAAAGCCCUUGCUGUUUAUUGCAUUCUUUUUUUGGCAGAACCUUUAGAUAGUUUCUUUCACACUUGUUUGAGACCAUAUAUGACUUUCUUCAAUCCACAGACAAGGAAUAGAUCGGAAGUUUGGUACGAAUUUAAGAGAAGGGACUCCAGCGCAUAGAUACCAGGGUCGCACAACCCGAAAUGGGGUGGAUUUGCGAUCCACAUGGCUCAAAGUACCAACCCCAAAUUAUAACUCAAUUUUCAAAUUGAUUCAUGAUCUUAAGAAAUCUUACUGUGGUUAAUUUUCACGGCUGUACUGUAUUGCACAUUUUUUGCCUUGGUUGAUGACUUGUUUCAGUUUGUGGAGUUAGAUGUGAGGUGGACUCCAGUUUUCCAACCAUGGAGGUGGAUGAUUUAGCAAUGAGAAUAUUUUGUAAUUUUUUGAACAGUAUUUAUCCUCCUUCAAUAUUGAGUUUACUGGAAUAGGGUCCACGUUUGUAUUUGUGACGACUCUUUUUGUGUUCAUUUAUUUUCUUUCCAAAUACUAAGAAGACCUCAAAAUUUGAGGUAUUUGUUUAAAACGAAAAAACCUAGAUCAUUUGAGUUACUUCAUCGUUGUAUAAGAAGUACAUGAUGUGAGAUUUUGCCAUUUUUGUAUGUGAUAUUAAGUACUUGAGUGAUAUAUGUACACUGUAGCAUUUUAAAAAUAGGUUCACCGUGAGUAUACGUUUCUCUAAAUGCUACUUUUGUUCUGAAAAAGACAAAUAAAGUAUUAUGCUGUUCAACUCCUCUAAUCUCGGCUAUCAGUAUAUUUUUGUUUUCGUAUAAUAUAUUCUCCUAGAAGAACUUCCUAUUUAAAAAAAUUUCCUCGGAAGAACCUGAAAUAGACUUUUCUAAGAGAAUCUCCCAAACAAGGUAAAAUGAGCAUUAACGAAGUCUAUAGGUGCCUACAAUGUCAUAAAUGUACUUUUUUCUAAUCUGAACAACUCAAAAAGAAUACUAUGCUUUUUAUUGAAAGAGAUGCUCUAUCAAAGGAAGAUAUAUAAUUUGAAUUUGCUAUCUGCAGUGCUGCCAAGAAAUGGAUCGCUUUUGGUCACAGCAAAGGUUGAAGCUUCUAUUACUAGUGCAACUGAAGCAAUAACUUUCUCAGUUAUUCAUUUGGAUGUGACUUAUGUGUGAACAGUUUUUUGUAUAAUAGUUGUCAUGGAGAAAUACUAGUGUUGAAGAAACCUUUCUAUGAGAGACGAAGGUCAUAGCCAGCNC